AUGGCCCCCAUGAAGGCGAUGAAGGCCGCCGGAGCCAGCAAGAGCAUGAAGGUGAUGAAGAGCAAGGCUGUCCGCACUCUGCCCAAGAGUGGCAUUGCCGCGCAAGUGGCUGAGAGCACGGGCUUGAAGAAGUCCGAGGUGACCCAGGUGCUUACCAACCUGGCUGACAUUGGCGCAGCGGAAGUGAAGAAGACAGGCAAGUUCGUCUUCCCUGGCCUCUUCAUGAUCAAGACCCGUCAGAAGGCGGCCACCAAGGCCGGCACCAAGCUUAUGUUCGGAAAGGAAGUAAAGGUCAAGGCGCAGCCGGCCAAGACGGUUGUCAAGGCCUAUGCUGUGAAGGCAGUGAAGGAUCAGUUCUAA